AUGCUGCCAUUCUUUUAUUUCUUUCUGUUCUCUAAUGUUGUGUUAGGUUCGUUGGGAGGAUGGGAGGGUUAUCUGCCGUGGAAGAAGAAUUUGGGGGAACGCGACGUUGAGCCGACCUGCUCAUGUACCGACCCUCUUGCCGCUGAGUGGGCGGCGAACAAACUCUUCUCAGACACUGCCACCUCCGCUGCGACCCCGGUCGGUUAUUACGAAGCAUUCAGCAAUGGACAAACAUGGAGCUCAGGAGAUGGAUUUCUCGGCCAUACGACAGUUGAUGAGUAUGAUAGCAGCAUAUGCGCCGCGAUCUGUGACAGCAUGGAUGAAUGCUCCUCUUUCCAAAUCUACUUCGAGAAGCAAGUCGGUGGACUUGCUCCCUCCAUCAAGUGUUCUUUCUCUGCUGGAUCCAUUACGAUCAGCCCGACGAACGGUGCCAACGCUGUGAUCGCGGGAAACAAUGGCUACACGAACAGUACCCUUACUACCCCUGAAGGAUUCGACGUCCCAACCUUCCUAUCAGGCUCUGCUAUUCAUCCACCACCGAAUUCCGGCUCGUUUAUUGGCUCCGAAGUCUUCUACGGCUCUUUUGAUACCGCGAACUGCGCAAGUGCAUGUAAUGCGGUUGGUUGCAAGUUUUUCAACACCUAUAUCGUUUCCAGAAACGGUGUAGCUCAGAUGGCCAGACAACCUAUUCCAUCUCGCACAGUUUCACUUGUGGUCUGGCAGGGGAUAAACGUGGUGAGGGUCGAACCGACACUGGAUCCGAUGGCCCCUCUGCAUCUACACCUGUUGGCGGUGGUGACAAAGACGUUUCUUGGGAACAUCACCAUCCAUGGCACGGAAGCAGCCCUGCCACAGACGGUGCUGGCAGCGGUGGUAGUGGAAGCUCCAGCAGCUCAAAGUCCUCCACCACUUCUAGCUCUUCCGCUGGCAGUAAUGGAGGUCACACCGUCCCUGGCGGACCAACCCAUACAACAUCGGGCGGAACAGGGAAACCUACCUCUGGAGAAAGCAAUUCGGGAUCGCCAGGGUCUUCUGGCUCACCAACAAGCAAGCAUGAUCACCCAGGAAGCGGUCCAGGCGGUCCGUCUCAUACUUUGCCUGGCCCUCCGAGAAUGGCAGCGCAUGGCUCGAUUGGACCCGAGUAGCAUCCUCAACUUCUUCAUCGACGUCAAGCUCACUGGACGCGGACCCGGCAGUGGCAAGUUCAACAGGCUCGACCACUUCACUAGGUCUUCGACCUACUAG